AGUAAACAGUUUUUACUUGUUUGAUAUGUUCCAGCUAUUGAAAUGUUAUAAUGUACAGAAAGUAAAUUAUUGUGUUAAAUAAUUUUCAUGAAAACAAUAAAAUUAAUAAUGCAGUAUCAUUUAAAUAAUAUUAAAUUUAUUGAUGAUGCAGAAGUAACAUCACAGAUAUGGCUGUGACCACUGGCUCUAUAUUUGUGGAUGUUCUAAUAGCUGUCAUUCCUGCUCUAUACCUAGUGUACUGGUACAUCACAAGCAAUAACGACUACUGGGACAAAAGAGGUGUACCUAAUGUCAAAAAAGGACUAUUCUGGGGCACCUUCCUAGGCAAACAGUCACAAGCUGAUGCAGUUUUGGAGAUUUACAAACUGUUCCCUGAUGAAAAGUACGCAGGACUUUUUCAAUUCAAAAGACCUGUUCUUAUGGUGAGAGACCCAGUCUUAAUUAACAAGGUUCUAGUGAAAGAUUUCACUUACUUUCAAGACAGAGGAGGACCUAUAGUUAAAAAAGAUAUCUUCUCCAAAAAUCUGUUUGGAUUAAGGGGACAGGUAUGGCGGGCACUGAGAUACAAGUUGACACCUACCUUCACGACAGGCAAACUGAGAGGAAUGUUUGAACAAAUUUCAAAAAGUGGAGAUAACAUGGUUGAAAAACUCAAGGAGCAUUCAUCCACAAAGGAAACUGCAAGAGGUGUAGAUCCCAAAAAUGUCCUGUUUGAAUUCACCUUAGAUGUAAUUGCAAGUUGCGCUUUUGGUUUGCAGUUUCAACCAAACAGUCCUGACUUCAACAAGUUCAAGUCGAUUGUUGAAAAGAUGUUUACCUUUUCCCCUUUGCGGUUUAUAAGAUUUGGUUUUGUAACUAUAGCACCAAAAUUAUCUAACUUCCUUAACAUAACCAUAUCGUCCAGUGACGCUGCAGAAUAUUUUACCAACCUGACAAAAGCCACCAUUAAAUAUCGUAAGGAAAACAAUAUCCAAAGGAACGACUACUUCCAAAUGUUGUUAUCAUUAAAGGAGCAAGAAGAGAGUGGGAAAGACAUGUCCCAUGUGGUACCUUCUCAUGUUACUGAGGAAGAUGCAGUCAUUGACCAGAUGCAUUACACUCAGGAGGAUGACCAGUCAAUAGAUACACCUGAGAAAUUGUUCUCAGAAGAAGCACUCACUUCAAACACUGUCAUCUUCCUCUCUGCUGGUUCGGAGACAGUGGCUCGUACUAUUGGCUUUACUCUGUUCGAGAUAUCCAGGCACCCAGAUAUUCAACAGAAGCUUCAACAGGAAGUGGACUCUGUUUUGUCCAGGCACAAGGGCUGGUCAUACGACGCACUCAAGGACAUGACGUACCUGGACGAGGUCAUACAAGAGUCACAAAGGAUGAACAACCUUCUGCCCAUGCUGAUGCGAGAAUGUGUCCGACCCUACAAGGUACCUGAUUCGGAUCUCAUCAUAGAGAAGGGAACGCUGAUUCUCAUUCCUGUUACUGGUCUACACAAGGACCCUCAAUACUACCCCGAGCCUUGCCAGUUUAAUCCAGACAGAUUCAAGGGUAACAACUUCAAGCCCAGCUCUACAUUCUUACCCUUUGGCGAUGGACCAAGGAUUUGCAUUGCCAUGAGAUUUGCAGUGGUGGAGGUGAAGGCUUGUGUAGCCAAAGUCAUGUCUCAAUACACAGUGGAACUCAGCGACAAAACUCAACUGCCUCUUCAGUACGAAGUUCGUUCGUUUAUACCAUCAGUUAAAAACGGAAUUUUCCUUUCUUUUCAAAGGAGAUCGUUGAAACCAGAAGUGUCAUAGUAGUUUAGUAAAAUGGUAUUGUUACUCUAUUGCUUAAUUAACGACUUUAUUUUUUAUUAUGCGCUACACUAUUAGUUACCAUUACCUUUAUAUUCCUACUAUAUUUCACAUCUAUUUAGAAACAUAUGUAACGAUUUUCAACAAUUAAAUUUAUUUGAAUCGGAUACGGUUGCAAAUUUAAAAAUCAUGUCACAGAGAUGUUGUUACAAAUUGGAGUUCAAGGAUGCGAGACUUUCAUUUACUCAUAUUGGGAACCGACCUAACCUUGACCCUCCUCCUCCCGUGAUCGUCAUAUCACGGUCUUGUGUAUGUAGUCUCACUUCCAGCGAUGGUUUUGUCUGAUACAAUAUUAUCUCUUAAUUCCUUCACCACACAACUAGUAUUUCUAUAUCAGUUUAUGCCCUAAAAACAUAUUGACACGUAACAGUAACACUUUUUUCAACAUUUAGAUAACAUUAAACUUUCAAUACAACUCUACCAUACACACAGGCUGCUUGCCCAUGUAGGCUAAUUUCCAUUGUAGACAUAAUAUUUAGCUGUAACAUACAGUCUUAAUAACUUGUAUUUAAAUGAUAUCAAUAUUAUCCAACUACUGUAAUUAAUUUAAACUGUUUUAGUUAAUCACUGCUUCGUAAGUAUUGUUUUAAUGGUAACUUAUAAUUUACAACUGUAUAUGUUCUUGGAAAUAAAUAAUUUUUCUAUUUCUAUUU